CAUUAAUCUAUCCGUGAUACCAUGUAAUAGAUUCGAAAUAUUUUCAACAAUAAACUUAUGGAUAAUUAUUCAUUUACACGCAUUUAUUUUCCAUAACUUAUUUUAAUAAGCUUUAUACUUAUUAAAUCUUUACUUCUAAUAAUUAAAUUACCAUAAUUGUCUCUGGAUCAACUCUUUAUUGUUUCCCAUCAUACCUUUCAUUUUAAAAAAAUACUCUUCGAUUUUAAGAUCAACUAUGGAUUAUGACAAACUCUCCAUUCAAACAAGAUGUCUUCUUCACACAGUCUCAGAAAGUAUUGGUCAAUUAGAAAGUAUGAUACACGGUUUAAAGUCCAGUUUGGAAUUGGAUGAAAUAAACAAACUAUAUUAUAGUUUAAAUCAAGAUAUACAAAAUAUUAAUUCAAAUUGUGAUCGUUUGUCAACUUUACUUCCGACUGUCGAACCAUAUUCACGUCGUUCUCAAUUACGUUUAAGUUUGGAUCAAACGCGGUUUGAAUGUAAACAGUAUGAGAAUAAUUUAAGAGUAAUAGAUCGAAGAAAGAAUGAGAAAUGGCGACAAGUGGUUGAACGUGAAGAGUUACUAUCUCAUGAUUUUUCUACUAAUGCAUCUUUACGUAAUAAUGUUAUGUCCGGUUCAACCGUUGUCAAAUUGGAUCCCGAUUUAGAACACUAUUCAAGAUUAUCUAAUGUUGGCAAACAAAUUGAUGAUAUGUUGUUAUCAGGAUCAUUUAGUUUAAGCGCUCUACAAGAACAAGGGAUGACUCUAAAGAAGGCUCAGCGUCGUAUCAUGGAUGUUCUGAACACUCUCGGUCUAUCAAACACUGUAAUGCGUCUUAUUGAACGGCGAAGUCAUCAGGAUAAAAUAUUAUUCUGGGUUUUAGUUUUUGUUACUCUGAUGUUAUUUUGGGGUAUCUGGAGGUUUUUCCACUAGUAGUUUGUGUAAACUUUUCACUUUAUUCAUUUUAUUUGAUUGAUAAUUUGUAUUUGUUUGUAUUUUGAUUGCUCUAUGUCUUUCAACAAUUUGUUUGUUCAGUGAUUCUAUUUGUGCAACUCUAUUCCUCUUUAUUUAUGUGAUUCCUGAAAUGUAUAGCGUGUAAAUAACGGUUCUUAUAUUGUCUAUAUAAACCCAAGUAUGCGCCUAAAAUAAACUUUUGAUUCCG